GCAUGAUUAUUAUAUGUCCCACGACGGUUUGGACAAAAUAUUUGGUCGGCUGAUUAAAAGACUACAUUAUUACAGAACCUUCGACUUCGUUCGUCGAUCUGAAUUCUCCGAUUUUUCCACCAUUUCCCCCCUCCUUCGGUGGAAAUUCAAAUCGGAGAUUCACCUCCAAAUACAUUUCUCGAUCUCAUCUCCCCCUUCCUGAUCCCCACAUUAACAACCAUAGAUCAUCACAACCAUAAUCAUCAAAACUCUCGUGAUCGAUCGGAGAAGAUGGUGGAGAGAACGAUGAGUUUAGGGAUCGGACCCAACGGAGAAUCCUCCGGCGUUAGAGAGACCAUGUGGGCGCAGCAAGAGCUUCUUUCGAAAAUCAACCAAGAACUCGACGCCGAACGCGAAGCCUCCUCCUCCGCUGCUUCGGAGGCCCUGUCGAUGAUUCUACGUCUUCAGGGGGAGAAAGCAGCGCUGGAGAUGGAGGCCAGUCAGUACAAGAGAAUGGCCGAGGAGAAGAUGUGCCACGCGGAGACCUCUCUGGCUCUCUUCGAAGAUCUGAUUUACCAGAAGGAGAUGGAGAUCGCGUCUCUCGAGUUUCAGGUUCAGGCUUACCGUUGCAAACUACUCAGCCUCGGUUGCUCUGAUCCCGCCGUGGUGGAGAACAGGUUCCCCGAGAAUCUCAUCUUCUUUGGUGACACUUCUCGUCUCAACCAAAAGAGAAAGAUGAAACGCAACCUUUCGAACCCGUUCGAUGGCAUGACAAGUGAAAGAAGAGUACUCUUGUCUGAUAACGAAGGCUUUGAGGAGGAGAAGAAAGGUGUCGAGAGUUCAUUAUCAUCACCAGGCGAAGAAGACUUGAGCACUUAUUGGGAACAGAUCAGGAGAAUAGACGAUCAUGUCCGAGAGAUUUCAGAGUCGAGAGAUGUUCCCAAGGAAUCCAAAUGGCCUUUGAUCAAGCGUGAGUCUGUGUCGCAUGCGUUGGUAUCACAGGUCAGCAAUACUAUACUCGAGUCAGCCAAGAGUGACGUCAGCAAUAUAAUGGAGAUGAUGAAGAACCCUGAUAAAGUCUCUGCCGUCAAAGAUGAGUCUCCUAAUGUUCAGGACAUCUUUGAGGUUCCGAGUACGACGAAGGAGAGCCUUUUUAUCAUCUCGCAGGAAGAAUCACAACAGAUCAGAGGCAAGAUUGUGAGUAAGCCGCCGAGAGAUACGAGUAUCAAGGCGGAACAUAUGAGUUUGCUUAAGGAGAUUCGAGAACAGCUCAAUGGAAUGCAGUCAGAGAUGAGAAUCUUGAGAUCAGAACUGCAUCUAACUACUCCACCUGUGUCCUCUCAUCGCGAGGAUGAUGGAAUCCUUAACUCAGUUCAAGAGGCCAUGAUUCACUUCUGGCUUUAGAAAGAAGCUACAAGCCGUGGUUCUAGUCUCCCAUCUUAAGUUACUUAAGUGUGGUAACUGAAGGGAAUGUAAAAAAGAAACUGAUUAUUGAGAACAUAAUCAGUUUGUAUGUAAAAACCAUUGUCAUUGUUUGAGAACACGUUCUUACGAUAUAAGAACAAAAAAAAAUAUUAAAAUCUUAAAAGUUGAA